AUGUCUAGUGAUCCAGAAAAAAAUUUAUCAAUGCCAGAAAAGACAUCAGUCAAUCUGUAUCUGUAUGAUACUAACAUUAGUACUACUAUGGAACCAUCAUCAUCUGGUGGUGAAAUUGAAUCAACAAAAUUAAAUUUUAUUGAUAAAUGGGCUCAUAAAUUAAAUGCAGAAACUAAAGGUAUUGAAUUAGUUACUGAUGAAGAAAAAACUGAUAAUUCAUUUUGGAAUUUAGCUACAAUGUGGUUAAGUGCAAAUUUAGUUAUUGCAACAUUUUCAUUAGGUGCUUUAGGAAUAACAGUUUUUAAUUUAGCUUUUGGUCAAGCAAUAUUAGUAAUUAUUUUUUUUUCAAUAUUAGGUGGAUUCCCAGUAGCAUUUUUUUCAUGUUUUGGAUCAGCUUUAGGAUUAAGACAAAUGUUAUUAUCAAAAUUUUUAAUUGGUGAUCUUACUACCAGACUUUUCGCUGCCAUUAAUGUUAUUGCUUGUGUUGGUUGGGGUGCAGUUAAUACCAUGUCUUCAGCUCAAUUAUUACAUAUUGUUAAUAAUGGUGCUUUACCUCCUUGGGCCGGUUGUCUUAUUAUUGUUGUUUGUACAGUAUUAGUGACAUUUUUCGGUUAUCAUGUUAUUCAUAUUUAUGAAAAAUGGGCUUGGAUUCCUAAUUUAAUUAUUUUUAUUAUUAUUAUUGUUAGAUUUGCUAUGACAAAUAAAUUUACUAAUGAAUCUUUUCAACAAGGUGAAACUACUGCUGGUAAUGUUUUAAGUUUUGGUGGUACAGUUUUCGGAUUUGCCACUGGUUGGACAACUUAUCUGAGUGAUUAUGUUGUUUAUCAUCCUCGUAAUACUAAUCCUUGGAAAAUUUUUUUCAGUAUAUUUUUCGGUUUAUUAACUCCUUUAAUGUUUACUUUAAUUUUAGGAGCUGCUUGUGCUACUGGUAUUGCUAAUGAUCCUCAAUGGACUAAAUUAUAUAAUGAAGAUUCUGUUGGUGGAUUAGUUUAUGCUAUUUUGGUUCAAGAUUCUUUACAUGGAUUUGGUCAAUUUUGUUGUGUUAUAUUGGCUUUAUCUACCGUGGCUAAUAAUGUUCCCAAUAUGUAUUCAAUGGCUUUAUCAGCUCAAACAGUUUGGUCAGGAUUUAGAAAAAUCCCUAGAGUAGCUUGGACUAUUAUUGGUAAUGGAGCAACUUUAGCAAUUUGUAUUCCAGCUUAUUAUAAAUUUGAAGCGGUUAUGGAAAAUUUUAUGAAUUUAAUUUCAUAUUAUUUAUCAAUUUAUGAAAGUAUAAUGUUUGCAUCUCAUUUCAUUUGGAAUAAUGGUAGAUUUGAUGGUUAUGAUUAUGAAAGAUGGAAUGAUAAACAAGCUUAUCCAAUUGGUUAUGCUGGAGUUUUCGGUUUUGCUUGUGGAGUUGCUGGAGUGGUUUUAGGUAUGAAUCAAACUUGGUAUAGUGGAGUAAUUGGUAGACAAAUUGGAGAAUUUGGUGGUGAUAUUGGAUUUGAAUUAGCUAUUGGAUUUGCCUUUAUAGGGUUUAAUGUGGCUAGAUAUUUCGAAAAAAAAAUAUAUUAG